AUGACGUACAACAAUUGAUUUCUGGAGUAAUGAUCCUAGAAACGAUUUAGGAGCCACUUUAGGAGGCGAUUAAGAGGCGAUUCCAGCAGCCACAUUAUCCGUCCGUCUCGUCUUCCUGUUGUCGCGUUCCCAGCACGAUGACGCAAACCGUUGACCCACAACUACCUACACAGCUCCUACACCUACAGGGUCAGCCACAGCAGCGACUAGGCAUGACUGACCAGGCAGCCAAUCCCAAGGCCCUGCCUGCGCUAACGCACCUUCCGCCGCUGCCUGCGCCGUGUACGCGAUUGGAGGUGGACCUCUAUCGCUUAUUGCGAUGCUGUGAGCGCCUCGCACGGAGCCGUUCAGCAGGCGAGCUUCAGGCGGAUCCCAAGUUCCACAACUAUGUGGCCUAUCUCCGGGAGCUGUUCUCACAGUUGCAGCUGGAGACAAGCCAGCCUGCGAGGUACUGUGGUUUCUGGAGCUUCUGAUCCCCAUACUCCUCUGCCGGUCUUUCCCCGGAUAAAGCAGAGACUGCCUUCACUAUCUGUGUUCCUCGCAUCUGUGUUCCUCGCAUCUGUGUUCCUCGCAUCUGUGUUCCUCGCAUCUGUGUUCCUCGCAUCUGUGUUCCUCGCAUCUGUGUUCCUCGCAUCUGUGUUCCUCGCUUCGCUAUCAGACCUUGGCUUGCCAGUCCAUGCGAUCCAGUCCAUGCGAUCCAGUCCAUGCGAUCCAGUCCAUGCGAUCCAGUCCAUGCUAUCCAGUCCAUGCUAUCCAGUCCAUGCUAUCCAGCCCAUGCUAUCCAGUCCAUGCUAUCCAGCCCAUGCUAUCCAGUCCAUGCGAUCCAGUCCAUGCGAUCCAGUCCAUGCGAUCCAGUCCAUGCGAUCCAGUCCAUGCGAUCCAGUCCAUGCUAUCCAGUCCAUGCUAUCCAGUCCAUGCUAUCCAGCCCAUGCUAUCCAGUCCAUGCUAUCCAGCCCAUGCUAUCCAGUCCAUGCUAUCCAGUCCAUGCUAUCCAGUCCAUGCUAUCCA